GUUUAAGUUGGUUGGAUAUGUGGUGAAAGUUUCAAAACGCUCAAAAUGGGUUCUGAUGAAAAUGCCAAGAGUUUCGAAAAGGUCGCGGUAGAUCCGCUGGAACCAUUGGUUCUUCGUCCACCUGUUGGAUCUGAGGUGUAUGGAUCACCUCCGGCAAGACGUACUACAAAUCGUAGCCGUCCUUUCAUAUUGGGUUCAUUAUUUCUCUUAUUCACAUUGUUAAUGAUUGCCAGUGUAUUUCUACUGUUAUACAUUCUUGGUUAUAGACCAUUAACUUCAUUGAAUCAUAAAGCAAAUGCACACAAAUCCAUUUGUCGUAUUCGUAUUCCAUUUUUAAAAAUAGAUCCUGUUGAAUCGAUUACAACAGAUGAGAAUUUUCUUAAUGUUACACUAUCUGAAGUACCAUACUACAAUGUGAUACGUAUUUUACAUCUAUUCUCUGAGGGUUUAACAGUAAUUAGAACAAAUAAGCAUUGUUAUAUUAGACCAUUGAGAGCUGAAUUAAGAGGAUCUGGAAUUGAAGAUUAUUUGCGUCGAUUAAAUGAUGGAAAUGAUUUGAAAGAUUCCGUGGAGGGAUAUCCUGUCACUGAACCGUGGUUUAUUGAUCGUGAUCCUUAUAAUACCAUUCAUAAUUCAUUGAUUAUGUCAUGGUGUGCUGGUGUACCAGCAUUUCGUUUAGUUUCAACACGACCCCCGAUCAAUCACGACGAUUAUAAAGAAGAUAUCAUGCCUGGUAUGCCAGAUGAAUCAAUUAAACCGAGUAAUCCAGAUCCAUUCGUCGGUGAUUUUGACAAUAAUAAUAAUAAUGAUCAAGCGGACAUCCUACGUAUCCUUCUACCUGAUCGUGAAAAUAUUCGUCCAGUACGCAGUGUAGACUCAGCCCAAACAAUGCCUGCUAAAAAAGGAAAGUUAUCUAAGAAAUCAUAUACUUCGUCAGAUUGUGAAAUUGUCGAUGUUCUUUUGGAAGAUGCCACAAUCUCAUCCUUACGUGAUCAUCAUCCUGUGUCUGUGCUACGUGAUGUCAUCAUGUUCUGUUCGUAAAUCUCUCUGGUCAAGUUUUGUCAUCAUGCUUGAAAAAACACACUGAAUCAAUUGAUA